GAUCCUCCGCGGAGACAAGCACUCGGGGGGCCCUCUUGUCCGGAUCUUUACCUGGUGGUGCGCAAGCGCCGGGCGGAGGCAGCGAGCCAAUAUGGCGCGGCUGUGUGAGGAGUUCACGCUUUGCGGGUUACCAAGCGGCGGUGCCCUGCGCGGUGUGGAGUCCGCUGGGCCCGACCGUGUCAUUGUUACUCACGAAGACAGGACGGUUACCGUCUACAAGGUGUCGGACCAAAAGCCUCUUGGAAGUUGGACGGUCAAGCAAACCCAAAAAAUCUCAUGCCCUGCUGUUUACAACAGCCUUACUGGAGAAUAUGUUGUUGUUCAUGAUCACAAGGUUUUAAGGAUUUGGAAAGAUGAAGAUGUCAAUCUGGAAAAAACAUUCAAAGCAACAUUAACAGCUGACAUCUACCAGAUACACACACUACCCGACACGGAGCCUCUGGUGCUUUUUGAAAGAGGAAGUGUGAGACAACUUGAUGUCCUUCUGUCAGCUCCACAGCACGAAAUCGGAAGUGUCCUAUCAAAAGAUGAAGUCAUCAGGUGGAGUGACACUUUACUGGAAGCGGGAAGUCCUGUUGUAUUGUUUGUCACUGAGAAGGAUGGGAUGUUUCAUCUAUAUGUACAUAAACUAAACCCCAACAUAUGGCACAAGUUUAAAUUGGAUUCAGGAGAAGAGAAUGGCUGUCCUUUGUGUUUUGUGCUUUCCUUUAAACAAGAGGGCAUCGUCCUGAUGUGUUUAUAUUCCGGUGGCUGUAUCUACAAGAUGCCAUUGUCAUUAAACAGGAAUUCAGCUGAGAUACUGCCACAGUCAUUACUGCUAAAGCUGCCAAGCUGUAAGGAUUCGCUAGACCGUGCUGCCAUCCUAGUCCUGGAUGAGACUCAUAUUGCUGUGUUAGGAGCUCCAUAUUCCCAACAUUGCACUGUCAAAGAUUGUUUGAGUAUCUGGAAUACAAGGUUCCAAACACUCCAGGCAUGGAAGGAAUUCCCAGAGGGAAGCUGUGGUCAGUUAUGGUGUUAUUGUGGGAAACUCUUUGUGCCUCAUGGAAAGAUGCUGACUGUGAUCCCAUUUACCUGCGAAACCUCUUCUUUGGCUGCUGUUCUUGGCAAACUCAAACAGCCAGAUGCUGCAGUAAAAGCUAUUUCCACCGUUGUAAACUGGAACACACUGCUUCAUGGCGAACAGGCUGCUGAGCCGGAACAAACUCCAUACACCCCUGCUGAACCGGAACCCAGAAGAAAUCUGAGGAGCAGGAAAAGUCACGUUUUGAGCCCUCAGUCACAAACUGUCUCUCUGGAUCAGGUUCUCACUGAGAUUCAGACUGCUACAAAAGAGGAAAUAGAUGAACAAUUAAAGUUAUUGCUGAGAAACCUGCAGAAACCCAAUGUUCAGCUAAUUAUUGCACAGAUUGCUACGAUCCUGGUAAGCAGGUGUAAGACGCAGGUGAAGUUCUACCCCCAGAAAGUGCUAAUGAAUAUUUUAAAGACACGGAUGCUUUCUUACAGCUUGUGUCCAGAUUUAAUGGCAGUUGCCUUGGAUGAAGCAGACUAUUCCCUGUUGCAGCUCUGCCUUCAGCUGUUCCCUGACAUCCCCGAGGCUGUUACGUGUGCCUGUUUGAAGCUUUUCCUCAGUGCCAAUGAUUCAGAUCUGGAAAAGAUCACAGUGGAUUUAGGCAGUGUGGCAUCCUAUGUCAAAUUCAAUCAGAGUUCCUUAAGAGCAGAAGCGAAAAUGGAGAUUGUAGAGAAUGGCUGCAGUCCACUUUUACUGGAAGAGGACAGCUGUGAUGGAAAAGAGACCCAUGAUCCUUCACAGUCUGAUGUAAAACUCACAUGUCCAGUUAGCCUGAAGAGGGCAGCUUUGCUAAAUGAAGUUCUGCUAUCCUCGUACAGUGAAGCUUUCCUUUUGCCUCACCUCAAAGAUCUUCCUGUUCCUCAAGUGGUGUUGUUUCUCCAGUAUGUGCAGUACCUUUAUGCGAAGCAUUGUGAAACUGUCAAUGUAAAGCUUCCAGGGAAAAGGAUUCCCACGGUCAGUCAGGUUUUGGACUGGUUAUCUCUAUUACUGGAUGCUCACUUUACGGUGCUGGUAAUGGCAACAGAGGCACGCGAAUUAAUCACCCACCUUCACAAAUUCAUCAGAACCCAGGUUAAAUUUUACUCUCAGCUCAGCAAGAUUGAAGGAAGUCUGCAGAAUCUGGGCCGACUAAAACCACAGACGAGUGAUGGGCUGUAUUCUAUUGAAGUGAUCCAAAUAUUUUAGCUUUGUACAAAUUUGUUAAAGAAAUGUAUUUGUCACUGUUUCAAUUGCCUGCUUUGAGUUAUAUUUAUAAUGUGAAAAUAUCAAUUUUCUUCAAAUAUUUGGGUGUUGUAUUUCACUCUGAAUUAAAUGCUACUUUUCUUAUA